AAGAAAAAAAGUUGUUCAGUUAAACUCUAAACAAGGAAGAAAAGGACCUACAAGAGCAGAAAAAAUUCCUCGCUAAGCAGGGCUUGGGACAACUAUAGACGAGAAAAUACCAACAAGUACGACGUCGUUUCUAGUUUCGUCUUGAAUCACACCAGACGCACUCUUCAAGAAAACUCUCCCUCGUAGGCGGUUGUGAGAUUGAUCCACUGAGGUUCUUUUGGGCUGUGACACAUUAUGGGGGAUAGUCAGUACUCAUUUUCUCUUACCACCUUCAGUCCUUCUGGGAAGCUUGUUCAGAUUGAACAUGCCCUAACAGCAGUUGGGUCUGGCCAGACAUCUUUAGGGAUUAAAGCUGCUAAUGGAGUUGUCAUUGCAACAGAGAAGAAACUCCCAUCUAUAUUAGUUGACGAAACAUCUGUUCAGAAAAUUCAGUUAUUGACGCCAAACAUUGGAGUUGUUUACAGUGGAAUGGGUCCAGAUUUCAGAGUUCUGGUUCGUAAAAGCAGGAAACAGGCAGAGCAAUAUCAUCGGUUGUACAAAGAACCAAUCCCCGUUACCCAACUUGUGAGGGAAAUUGCUGCUGUUAUGCAGGAGUUCACACAGUCAGGUGGUGUAAGGCCUUUUGGAGUUUCACUGCUGGUUGCUGGCUUUGAUGACAAAGGUCCACAACUAUAUCAGGUGGACCCAUCAGGUUCAUACUUUUCAUGGAAAGCUUCUGCUAUGGGGAAAAAUGUAUCUAAUGCAAAAACAUUUCUUGAGAAAAGGUACACUGAGGACAUGGAACUUGACGAUGCUGUCCACACUGCAAUAUUGACCCUGAAAGAAGGGUUUGAAGGACAAAUUUCUGGCAAAAACAUUGAGAUUGGCAUAAUUGGUACUGACAAAAAAUUCAGAGUUCUUACACCAGCUGAAAUUGAAGAUUACUUGGCCGAAGUGGAGUAGUUUGAGAAAGAAGAAGAAAAGUUGAGCAACCACAGACUCACGCUUUUGUAGUUUGGGGGUUUUGUAGCCCCCUGCUUUGUUGUGCUACCAAGAAACGCUUUGGGGUUUUCUUUGUUUUAUGAAAUGCUGUUCAACCUAAUUAGUCACUCGCUUCUAAUGAUAAUACCUGCUUGUGGGGCUCUGGCUUUUGUUCUAUAACUGCAAGCUUCCAAUAGGCACCAACAUCACUUACUGGAUGAGAUCCCUUUAAUGAGAGUGCAUAGUGUUAACUGAGCA